GCGCAAGACGCCCUGGUAUCUCACCGCCACAAUGCAGCCCCCAGCGGGCAGAAACCUGCCCGUGAAAUUUGUGGACCCUGACUUUUCAGCAGCCGGGCAGCACCGGAAGAAUGUGGAAACGUAUGGAAGUGGGUGGGCGCUGCUGUGUUGCGCCAUGGUCAGCAAGAGAUUUCGCAACCUCGUCCUCUCCUUCUCCGCCCAGCACCCCAUCUCCUUGGUCUACAAUAACCUACACCCGCAGUGGGAGAGGAGCGUCGCCUUCUUCCUGCGCCAGCGCGGCCUCAGGUCCCUCGCCCUCACCUUCACGCACGUCAUGCAGCUCGACACCAUCGUGUCCCAGGACGAGUGGCCCUUCGCCUCCCUCACCUCGCUCACCCUCAAGCUGCGCGGCUGUGUGGACUCCUCCCAGCUCUUUGACAGAGAGCUGGGCAAUGGAGAUGCCGUGGAGCAGCGCGAUAGGGAAUACGUGGAGCAGGAGCACUGGGCCCAGUACUUCGGCUGCCCACGCCUGCAGCGACUGAAGCUGGGGCGCGGCAAGUGGGUUCUCUCGGACGGGUGGGCGGGGAAGCUCAAGGCGCUGUGCAGUUUGACUCUCAAGCACAUCGAUUGGAGCUACGUGGAUGUCAAGUAUCUCGCCACGCUCACACCACAGCUCACUGAAUUCACGCUUUAUGAGGGCUGGGAUUUGAAUAACCCGUCCGUCGGCCCUACGGGCGGCUGCAGCAACAGGUACUGUUUCGACUUGUCGUCAGCUCGCAUCCUCCGAUUCUACUUCGCACAGAGCAGCCUAACGCUCUUCCUCACCCUCUCCCGCUCCCUCAAGGCCUUCUCAGCCGUGGCCAAAUGCCUCGUCCUCUACUGUAAGAGCAGCUCCCCUCUCGCUCUCGACCACCUAUCACUCUACGGCCAGGAGCGCCUCGUCAUCUCCUCCCUCCACCUCGCAUCGGCCCGAGUGGCCUACCUCAACGGUCCUCCCAGCGACCGGCACUCCCGCGAUGAUUCUGUCCCCUCUAUCUCUUCCUCUUCUCAAAAAACAGAUUCUUCCUAUUGGGCCACCCCUGCUCCGCCCCCUGACUGGCAGAGCUCGCAUCACCGCAACUCCCCUGAAUUCUCCUGGGUCGAGUGGCUGGGCGCUAUAGCGCGGACAGUGGAGGUGCUUAUAGUGAGGCACGGGGUGCCUGUAGAGAAGGUGGGUGUGGAGUGGAGCUGUCUGCGCAGCCUUGGGAUUGUCGUGGAGGGUGAGGAGCGGUUUGGGAGUUAUGUGGAGUUUUGGGGGCGGCGGGAUGAUGGUGAGGAGGAGGUUACAGUGGAGGAGUGUCAGGAGCGCAACCAGAGGCAGAGGCUGUUGCAGUACCUGCAACGUCCGUACUGGCCGCGGCGGCAGGAGGAGCAGGAGGAGGAAGAGGAAGAGGAAGAGGAGCAAGCAGGAAAGCUCCCUGUUAUCAAGGCUCCAAACUUGAAAACGAUCUUCUUCCCCACUCGCACCUGCGAGCAGCACACCCUCGCUUCCCUACGCGCAUCCUGCCCCUCCCUCGCCCUGUACUGCAUCGCAAGUCGUUCUUUCUACUGGGAGAAGCAUGGGAAGGAGUUGGCUGAGUCCCCUGUGGUUCAUGUGAGGAAGGGGAGGAGCGGGGUGUCGAGCAAUAGUUGGGGGGAGAGGCGGCCAAAGAAUGUGAGGGAGAAGAUGCACAGUGUGAAUGGGGGGCUGGUGGAAGGCUGGAUGCACCGGCUUGGCCACAUGCCAUCGCCCCAGCAGCAGCAGCAGCAGCAGCAGCAGCAGCAGCAGCAGCAGCAGCAGCAGCAGCAGCAGCAGCAGCAGCAGCAGCAGCAGCAGCAGCAGCAGCAGCAGCAGCAGCAGCAGCAGCAGCAGCAGCAGCAGCAGCAGCAGCAGCAGGAACUCUUGCCACCACCAUCAUCACUCGUCGCGGCCAUACAGCUCACAUGCCUACCAUUCUCAACCGCACUACUAGCACCCUGUAGCCAUCCCAUCAGCACCAAUUCCACAACCACACCAGGUGAGGUGAACCCCAUGGACAGCGAUCCCCGUGUUAUCACAUCACAAUCUAUACACAGCAGUACCCUUCCUGCUCGGCCUGCAGGCAUCUCCCCUCACACACCUCCCUCACUCAAGUUCACCCACUCAUUACCCUGCCUCACCUUCUCCCACCCGCCUCCUCUCAGAGAAAAAAGUAGCUCAGAAAUUCUGAAGGAACCUCAUUAUCCAAUCAUUCUGCACCUCGCUAGAGGGUAA